AAUAAAAGUCAAACAAGACGCUUUCUUUCUUACAGCCUUCAAAUACCCUCCAAAUCCCCCAAUCUCCCAAACCUCCAAUUUCAUCAAUGGCGUCGAUCUAUACCUGUAACGAAUGCGGCACCAAUCUCAACCUUCACACCGCUAAUCUCUUCCCUCCCGAUUUCUACUUUGAGGCCGGCAACAAAGGCACUCUUUCGUUCGCCGCCGUCGACUCCUCUAAGUUCAGAUUCGAGAAAGAAGACAAGAUCAAACCCUUUUUUGAGACCGUUAAUUACUGGGGGAUUCAGAGGAAACGAACUAAAAUGAUUUGCAAUAGCUGUGGUCGGCUCGUCGGGUAUGUUUAUGAUGACGGUCCGCCGAUGAUGAGUGGAACGGGGCAGUUUGGUUUUGGACCCAGUCAGGCUAUUCCUAGGGCUCCCAGGUAUCGAUUUAAGAUUAAAGCUCUAAGAAUUACUUCGGAGACUUGAGAGAUUUUUAGGGGAUUUGAUUGAUUUUGGUUUUUGUUGUUUGGAUUUGUUGAUAUUUGUGUAUGUACUUAAUGAAUUAUGAUACUUCGAUGGAUUUGAAUUGGGUUUUCUAGUUAUUUGGGGUUUCAUGAUUAGAUUGCAAUUUUGACCGCAAGAGUCGAAUAUGAUCGAUUAGGUAAACAAUUGCGUUAGUUCUUGAGGAUGAAUUGUUAAUUCGUUGAUAUA